AUGGCUGGCGGUAGAAAGAGACUUAGAAACCGUGGCGGAGGGACCUCAUACGGGAAUACUUUUCUCGGUCAGACGUCGGAUCCAUCAGCUUCUACUUCCCACUCUUCAGACUAUGUCCCCGAGAGCCAAAUUCCCAGCGUGCCUUAUGUGCGUCCGCAGGCGUACGAUCCUGCUGCAGUCGUACCUCCAUACUAUCCGCAGUAUGAUGCCUCGUACUUUCCGUAUGAGGAGCCUGAGCGUGAUCAGCAGCCGCAGCAGCCUCCACAACAGUCUCAACAGCAGCCUCCACAGCCUGCUCCACAGCCUGCUCCACAGCCUGCUCCACAACCUGCUCCACACCCAGCCCCACAGGCUGGUGCAUACCAGAUUCCAGAGCAGGUUCCUAUAGCUCCCGGUCUUCAUCCAGAUUUGUUGGUUCCAUCGAAUGCACCAUAUGCAAGAUAUUCUGUGGAAGACAUUCUCCAGAUGCCGGGACGAGAAGGUUUACCAAUCCUUGAUCCAGAUCUACGACCCGGCACGACUUGGUAA